UAUAGUAUAUCAUUGAAAAGUUUUUGGCAGCUUUAUCUUAGACGAGUUGGUGUUCGUAAAAAUAACGGGAGUUUUGAUAAUUAAGAGCAAUAAGAGUUAAUUUUUUUCCAGGCUUAUAUCAUUGUUUUGCUUCCAUGAUUCGAUAAGGUUAAGGAAUUGCUAAACAGGUGCGACGAGCAAAAGCAAAAUGAAGUUACUCGGUUUUUGUGUUUUCGUUUUUGUUUUGUUCCUUUCCUUUGACUGCAGUUCUAGUACUUCAAGUGUUGGAGUGUCGACCAAUUAUCCUGACAAUGCAACGACUGUUCCGGUAGAUGUGGUUACCGUACACAGUUCAGUCAUAAGAUGGAAAAAUACGGACAAAUCUGUGAAAAAUAUGGUGUCCAAAUUGGUGAAGUUUGCUUUGCCGCAACUGCUGAGAGCUGCGGAAGGGAUGAACAUUACUACAUCAUGCUCGAAAGGAAUGAUGAAGUUUCUAACAGGUUUAAGGGGGAUGAAAGUGUGGGCUUUUAGAAUGUUUGAUGCUUCCGGUAAACUGCCCAAUGGAAUCCUGAAUGGAAACGUGAACUCACUGGGGGAUUACGAUCAAUGUCUCAGUGUGAAGGUCCCAGGUCAUUUUAAUGGCCAAUACUGUUUAGUGGAAACUUCGCCUCCGCUUCCGGAACGCCGAAGAUUCACUUCCACUGAGAAUGAAAUACCAGAAUUUGUGAACAUAACAUCGCCAGAUUCGGUAAUAGAGGAAUUUUUGAGAAGGGCGGCGCAUUAUUAUCACAUUAAUUUUCGUUCAUCUGCUUGUGUUCCAUCUACUUGCACCAGGGAAGACAUCUAUAUAAUUUUCAGCAAAGUUAUGGAAAUGCAAGGAAUAGAGUUUGAUGUCUUCGUUCCACACUGUGAAGUUAAACAAGAAAAAAUUAUAUUCAGCACUUCCGAGAUCGUGAUAAUGUGCGUUUUUGGUAUCCUGAUUUUCCUCGGAAUCACUGCAACUUUAACUGAUUUGUUCUUGAAGUUCACUUCUCACGAAACAUCCUACCAAGAAAACCAAAGUUUUGGCGUGAAAUGCUUGCUUUGUUUUUCCUUUUAUACCAACACUCUCCGUCUUCUGAAGAAAGAUACAUCACCAGAUUCCAUCAAAAUAUUUCACGGAAUGAAAGUAAUUACAAUUUUGUGGGUGAUGGUGAAUCACACUUAUUACUACCUCAACUUUCAGUCAUGUACUGCAUUAUUAAAGGCUCGAAAUACUGGUAAAGAGAUUGCCUUCCAAUUGAUUGCCAAUGGAUUUUUAAACGUCGAAACCUUCUUUUUUAUAAGCGCUGUAUUGGUAGCAUAUGGAACUAUGAAGUCAAAAGAAAGAAAAUUUAAUGUAUUUCUCUACAUUUUCCGAAGAUUUUGGAGAUUAACUCCGCCAUUCAUGCUUGUCGUAUCCGCUGUGUUUUUAGUGCAAUAUAUUGGUUCUGGUCCAGUUUGGAAAGAAACGGUCGUGGACCAAUUGACAGAAAGGUGUAAGGCCAAAUGGUGGUCGAACCUCUUAUACAUUAACAACUUCAUUCCAUCCGCUGAAAUGUGCCUGCAAUGGACGUGGUACAUACCAGUGGACACUCAUUUGUAUCUUGUGAGUCUAAUAGUUCUAAUACCCUUAAAGAAGAAUCCUCGCUUAGCGUUCAUGAUGAAUGGUUUAUUUUUAGUAGCUGGAACAAUCAUUACAGCAGCUAAUCAUUUGUAUUAUGGACUGCAUCCUACUGCAGUUUACGCAUUUAGCCACCCCGAUGAUUCUAAUUAUUUCAUUGACCGAGGUUACUUCAGAACUUAUGUUCACUGUUCGACGUACUGCGUUGGAUUGACUGUUGGAUAUAUUUUAGCCACAAAGCAGAAGAUACGAAUUCCUUUGGCUUUGAAUUUGCUAGGAUGGGUAGUUGCUUUCGUAUCUGCUCUGACUGUACUCUAUGGAGUCUAUGAAUGGAACCAAGGAAAUGUUCCAGGAAUUAUUGUGUCAACUAUGUACGCUUGCACGAGCAAAUUUGUUUGGUCUUUAGCGUUAGCUUGGGUCACUGUUACCUGUAUGACUGGAAAUGGAGGCAUUGCAACCAGCAUCUUAUCUUGGGAAGCGUUUGUUCCAUUUGCACGUCUGACUUACAUGACUUAUUUGAUUCAUCCCAUCAUUCAUAUGGUAUACACAGGAAGCACUAGGACACUGAUUCAGACUGAUCACCGAGCUCUGCUUUACUAUUAUUUAGGGGACGUGGUUUUAUCAUUCAUAUGCGCAUAUCCGUUGAGCUUGCUCUUCGAAUCUCCUUUUAUGUGCCUUGAAAAAGUCUUUUUCUCUCGAGGACGUCCAGCGAAAAUUGAAGAAAAGUCCUCAAAUCAAGAGAAAACUGAUGCCAUCGACAACAUCAGUGAAAAAAAGAAAUCCAACAUAGUUGAAGAAAAUGGAGUGUGCACCAUAGGAAUUAAGCGCGUUGAAUCUAAUGGAUAAACUUUUCGAUGAUAAAAUUUCAAGAAGAAUUCAUCUUACUACAGUCAUUUACGUACAGUACAAACGAAGUAUGCUGUGUACAUAAUCACGUUUUGUUCCCUGAAUGUUUGAUGUCAUAAUUUAUAAUAGUCGUACAUUCAUUUUAAUGUCAAGUGUUUGAGUAUAAAUUUAAACACACUUGAAGAUUCUUGUAAAUAUAUUUUCAUUUUUUCCAUUGCAUCUGUCAUUAUGUUUGUGCAACGUUAAUAAAAUGAGUCG